AAUGACGAAAAAAUCUACGAAACAUUUGAGGAAAUCCACGAACAUAUUAAUGAGCCAAUAACUGAAGAUGGACAGACUCAGGCAUCCGAGCGCUACGAAAGCCACGAAGAGACAUUAUUGGGAGUACAGAGCGAUGAUGAACAACAAAAGCAGGAGAGUCCUGUUAAGAUUAAAGUGAAGCACCAUCAUCACCAUCAUCAUCAUAACCAUAUCAAGGAAGUCAUAAAAACCGUGCCAAAGCCGUAUAAGGUUGAAAAAAUCGUUCACGUUCCGAUUGAAAAAAUUGUGGAAAAAAUUGUACAUGUUCCGAAAAUUGUGAAUGUUACGGUUGAAAAAAUAGUACAUGUGCCUGUGGAAAAGAUUAUUGAAAAAAUUGUUCAAGUACCAAAAGCUGUACAUAUACCCAAACCAUAUAUUGUUGAAAGAGUUAUGGAAAAAAUCGUGCAUGUACCCAAACCAUAUCCUGUUCUAAGAACUGUUCCAUAUCCGGUUGAAAUCAAAGUGCCUGUAACCGUUGAAAAGAAAAUUCGAGUACCCUAUAAAGUCGAAGUGGAACGAAAAGUUCCAGUUCCCUAUAAAGUCGAAGUGGAACGAAAAGUUCCAGUCUACAUACACAACCAAGAACCAUAUAAAUAUGAACAAACUUAUUCCAAAAACUAUAAGGAUAGUGAUGCAGUUCAAUUUAAUUCUGAUAUUGAAGAAACAACAGGCACUGAAAACUAUCCUAGCUUUAUAACUCCCCGAUUUCCAUCGUAUUUUUAUUCGAAUAAGAUGAGCCCAUUUAAAAAAUCUGAAAGCCCACACAAUGAGGAAACCCAGAGUAUAAAACAACCAACAGAACAACACGCAAGUAUUGAACAUCCUAAAAGUUUUGCACCCACAAUGGAGCAAUCUACAUCUGAAAGCCAAUUUCUACCCAUCAAAUUCCUAGAGAGUAACUCUCGCCUUAAUAUUGUUGUGGCUGAUAACAAUAUAACGUCGUCAGACAUGAAUUCUCAAAUAUAUGAUAAUAAAUACCAUGAACUACCAUUUCCAUUUGAAUUUAUUCACUUACAACCAGUUCCCUUCAAAAGUAAUUCACAGCUGGAACUACCAUUUCCAGGCACGAUGUCGAAUAGCACAUAA